AUGACAUUAUAUUAUUAUAAGGGCUUUCAUAAUUAUUCUACUAAUCCGAAAUUAAUGCUCGAGUUUCUUCAAAUUUUACUGAGCUGUGAAUGGAAGCACUAUUUGAAGGCUAUUCGAGAUGUGAACUUUGAUUAGCAAACUGUGGUUCUAUCUUAAUAUUUGUUAUUUAUUAAUAUAAGUCCUAUUUAGGAUUAAGAAUAUGAGAUUAUCCUUGUUAUUCUUCCUACUUUAAAUUUAGAGUAGAUGAAUUAUGACUAUCUGUUCCGAAGCCUUGAUAACUUAAGAAGUAUGGUUACUCUCUGA